AAAUAAUCCCGAAGGAGAUGUGGAUAAUGCCGCAUUCAAGCAUGUCUCCAAUCCGGAGAUGCCUCUCUACCCCCAAAAGGAAAUCCAGCUUGGCGCGGCGUCUGUGUCAGGUACAAUAUCUACCGCCUCGACCGAGGACCGGAAAGGCCGAACAAGUUCCCAUUUCAGACAAACGUUGGAGUCGAGAUACACCUAUCAUCCGACGCUAGAAAGGACUACUAUGAGACGACCGAAUCAAAAACUAACAACGCCACGCUUUUCGCCGUCAUUAGAAGACUACAUGAACAGCCAGGACAUGUUCGGCCGACAAGACUAGAUGCAACUAUUGACAAAGUUUGCAGUAUCCAGGAGAUGGCUCAGGUCUCUCAACAGUAUCCAGAAGCGGAGCGCGUGCACGAAGAUAUCGAUGAAGCGGCGAAUACCAUUUCACGGACAGCAGAGGCUUCUCGAGAACUCGAUGUUGAAGUUAACGAAGAAUUCAGAGGUGACUGCCAAGAAGCUUCACAUGAUGAGGUCAAAAUAUCGAGCAACGACGAGGACGAGGAAGAUGAUGAAGAGGACGAAGAAGAUGAUGAUGACGAUAAUGAAGAUGACAACCAUUGGAUCUUUCAACUCGAGAAGUUCGAGGCAGCAGUUGUACAAGCUGUCAGCCCUGAUUACCAGCUUGCGCAGUGCCUCAUUCCCAAGCUUCGCGAUAUCUUCUACCGAGAAAAGUCCCCUCUCUUCGGAUCAUGGGCGAUUGCGUUCAAUCAAUAUGCCGGCCAUUCUGGUCAAGGGGGGGAAUCAUCAACUGGACGAAAGGUCUCGGACAGUACCUCCACCAACAGCAAUGGUAAACGGGAUGUACGACAUUCAGAUCAUGGCGAAAACACUCGAGAAAAGGAGGAAGAUGAAAACUAUGAUGACAGCCAAAGCCGCAACCUCAAGAAGCCCAAAGCGGAUACAGUGGACAACGGAACCUUGAAACUCGCAUGCCCAUUCAACAAGCACAACCCACAUAAAUACAAUGCGCACUAUAAUACGGACAUCCGAACCUGCGUCUCUCCUGGGUUCCAAGGCUUUCGAAGACUGAAAGAGCACCUGAGAAGAACACAUCGUUCCGUUCAAUGCGAGCGAUGCUUCAAGAUCUUCAAGGGUGGCGAAGAGACCCGUAUCAAGGCACUGUCUCUGCACAGGAAAGGUGGCUGCUCAGAAACCCCCUCUAUUCCAAACGAAGGAGUCAAUGAUGUCCAAUGGAUCGAAAUCGAAAAAAUUAAGCUUUCUAAUAAGAACAAACGAUCUUUUGAGCCAGAAUCUUCCGAUGUUGAAAAGUGGGAAGCAACAUGGAAAAUCCUGUUUCCAGACGACCCUGUGCCUAUUCCAUGGUGUAUACCUCCUACGCGUAACGAUCUGUCCUUCUCUUCAUUAUCGGAGCAAAAGAGGGAAUACACCUCGUGCUACGACUCCAUGUGCCAAAGUCAGAUUCGAAACUCGACCUUACCUCAUUUAUUCUUGAUCGAUGACGAGAUACUCGAUCUAUUCAAGAAGAUCGCUUUUGAAGCUUUCACAAUGUGGCAUACGAAGCAUUGUCUUGACAGGGCAGCCAUCGAAACGGCGUCGCAACAAUCAUCAAGCGAGCAAGGUUCUGAACUCCCACUUCCUAUGGAAGCGGCAGAAUUACUGAGGGUAUUACAAUAUGCUCUAUUAGAUAGGCUCACAACGGAGACUUGGACCUUUUACCUGACGUGUCGGGAGAUGUAACGCGCGGAACUACUCAAGGGCCACAUCACCAAUUCGGCAAUCAGUCAUUUGUUUCGAACAAUCACUACCAACAUCAGGCAAGAUCUAUGGCGAGUUCGGUUAUG